UGGUAAAAAAAAAGCACAGAAAAAAACCCACCCAGCCAGGGACGACACAAUUUCCGUUCAAUCCUUCGCUCGCCGUUUACUCUCUCCGUAUAUCUAAACCACGCCGUCUCAUCCUCUAUACGACAACGAUCUCAUGCCUUCUCCCCUUCCUUAAAAACUUCCAGGUCGGGGAGAACACAGUCACCACCGUUCAUCAAAUGUCACUUCCCCAAUCUCCCGCCGUUGAUUCCCUCCCUCAACAGCGCGCCUCCACCUUUGAUCACCGCGGCUCCUCCAAACGCAAACUAGACGAUGUCGAUGACCACGACGCCAUUUUCUCUGACUUAAUCUCCAUCAGGAUGCGUAAAGACAACACCGAAUCAUCCACCGGCCAUAACCUGCAACAACCUCCCUCCAUCUCCUCCACCAAUCAGCUCCCCACACGUGUCUCCGACGCCUCCGCCCCCACCUCAUCAUCACCCAACGAUUUCCCCUCCACUCCCUCCCCUCUCCGUCGGUCUCAAUCGAGGCUCCAAUUCUUCAUCAGAAUGAUCUCCGACGGCACUCACAUUGUGAUCACUGCGAAUUUGACUGAUUCCGUCAAAUCACUCCAUGAACGGAUUCGCGAGAUGACCGGAAUUCCUGUGAUCGAGCAACGACUAAUCUACGAGGGUAAGCAAUUGCAAUACGAAAACAAACUCUCCGAUUACUCUAUCGAGAAGGAUUCGAUUCUUCAUUUAGGUGGCCGAAUGCGUAGCACUAGGCAUCCCCGUACUUGUCAAUUGAUCAAUGAUAUGGUUUCCUACAUUUGUCGAAUUUGUAAGUCUAUUUUGCCGUGUGGUUUUCAUCAAUAUGUUUCAAAGCAGAUAAAAGAGUUGAUGCAUCAGUUCUUUAUCUUGACACCGAAGGAUGAUAAUGAGGAUGCUUUAGGACAUUUGAAUGUGUUUUUAUCGAAUAGUGCGCCAGCUGCGCUGGUCACUCUCUAUGUUUCGAGUGUUAAAGGGAAUAAGGAGUGCGCGGAGGGUGCGAUUAAGCAUUUUUUGAAUUCAUGUAGGAAUUCGUUGCCAAAGAAUUUGCAUUUGCAGUGUGUUCCGAUUGUGAUGGAGUUUUGCAAUUUGUUGAGGAAGGUUGGGAGUGAUGAUCCAUUGUAUAUUGUGUGUAGGAGUUGUCUUGGUUCCUUGUUGGAGAAUGGUGGGGGUGCAUGUGGGUGGAGGUAUCGAGGAGGGGAGGAGGGGAAGGGAGCUGUUGUUAUGCAGGAGAUUUUUCCGUUUGUUAGUGAGCUGGGGAGUAAGUUGUUUAAAGAUUUGAUGGGGAGUGUGGGGCCAUCAGUAGUUGAUGUGAAGGAUUUUUCAGCGUUUUUGGUACCAUUGCAUAGUAUGAUAUCAGAGCAGGGGGCAUGUAGGGUUCCGGUUUCGGUGCCGUUGAACAAGAGGGCAUUUAAUUAUCCAUUGUAUGCGAAGGAGAUUGAGCAUCUUCAUGUGAUAUUUUUUGAUUUGCUGAAUAUUAUGGAGAAAUGUCUUGGUAAAAUGCAGGAUUCUUCACAUUUGAAAAUGAAUGGAGAGGGUGAGUUGAAUCAUACAGGCUGGUCUCAAUAUUUGGCUAUUUUGAAGGAGUUGAACAACAUUGCUAAACUCUAUAAGGGUGCUGAGGAAAAGUUUUGGACAGUUUUGAGACUUAGAAAGGCUUCCCUGUGUGUGCUGAUUGUUAGAUAUGCAAAAAGAACUGAAGAUCAUCAGUGGCUUCUUCGGAACAAGGAUGUGACUGAUUUUGAGUCUAGGAGGCAUUUGGCUAUGAUGAUGUUCCCUGAGGUGAAAGAAGAUUACGAGGAGCUUCACGAGAUGCUCAUUGAUCGGUCACAAUUGUUGGCAGAGUCAUUUGAGUACAUAGUGCAUGCCGACUCAGAUGCACUGCAUGGUGGUCUUUUUCUGGAAUUUAAAAACGAGGAAGCUACUGGUCCUGGUGUAUUGCGGGAGUGGUUUUUCUUGGUUACACAAGCUCUAUUUGAUCCUCAAAGAGCUCUUUUUGUGGCAUGCCCAAGUGAUCGCAGAAGGUUCUAUCCUAAUCCUGCAUCCAAGGUGGAUCCCAUGCACCUUGAGUAUUUCACAUUCUCUGGUCGAGUAAUGGCUUUAGCUUUGAUGCAUAAAGUGCAAGUCGGCAUUGUAUUUGAUCGGGCAUUUUUCUUGCAAUUGGCUGGGAUGCGUAUUACUUUGGAAGACAUACGGGAUGCAGAUCCAUGCUUGUAUAGCAGUUGCAAACAGAUUCUGCAAAUGGAUCCUGAGUUCAUUGAUUCAGAUGCUUUGAGUCUGACAUUCGUUAGAGAAGUUGAGGAACUAGGAUCCAGGAAAGUUGUGGAACUUUGCCCUGGUGGGGAGAGUAUCGUUGUAAAUAGCAAGAAUCGGGAGAAAUAUGUCGAUCUUCUCAUUCAGCACUGCUUUGUCACAUCAAUCUCUGAACCAGUAUCUAGAUUUGCACGUGGUUUUGCUGAUAUUCUUUCAAACUCUGGGCAACAGAAGCUCUUCUUCCAGAGUUUAGAGCUUGAGGAUCUUGAUUGGAUGCUAUAUGGAAGUGAAAAUGCUAUCUGUGUGGAAGAUUGGAAGGCACACACUGAGUACAAUGGCUACAAGGAAACCGAUCCUCAGAUAUCCUGGUUAUGGAAGAUCAUUGGGGAAAUGUCACCAGAUCAGAGAAAGGUUCUGCUCUUCUUUUGGACCUCAGUGAAGUAUCUACCUGUUGAGGGUUUCCGCGGUCUGGCCUCGCGACUUUACAUUUACAAGUCGACAGAGCCUCACAAUCACCUCCCUUCAUCUCAUACAUGCUUUUACCGAUUGUGUUUCCCACCUUAUCCCUCCAUGGCUAUUAUGCAAGAUCGCCUCCGUCUCAUCACUCAAGAACAUGUUGGAUGCAGUUUCGGCACCUGUUGAUGCAUUGGUUGCAUGCAUCCACUUUGAGGUUAAAGGGGUUUUUUUUUACUGCACAUAGAUUUCAAGUCGGUUUGUACAGAUAGAUUUAUGCUGUCAGUUUUAUUAGACUAUGUAAGAAGGUCCCGUAGUUAAUUUAUGUUUCCUCCAGUAAAGUUGAGAUGUCAUUGUUCUUUCUGUCCAACUGUUAGUAUAGGUAUAGCGUAAAUAAUGCUGGGGGCUAGUAGGAAGAAAAUCUCUAUGCUCCCAAUGGACUUCCUUCAUCAGCAACAGUAGCUGUUUUUUCAUGUCAUGUAAGUACACAGAUUAUGCAAUGACAUCCAAGUUCAUAGAAAGGUGAUUAUUCUCUCU